AUGUUGGAGGCUAUUGGGAAUACUCCUUUGGUUAAACUUAAUCGUAUUCCAGAAGAAUAUGGAAUUGAAUGCAAUAUUUAUGGAAAAUGUGAAUUUCUGAAUGCUGGAGGUUCCAUAAAAGACCGUAUAGCUGUUAAAAUGUUGGAAAUGGCUGAGCAGAAUGGACGUUUAAAGCCAGGAAUGACCGUUAUAGAACCAACAUCGGGCAAUACAGGAAUUGGAUUGGCUUUGGCAUGUGCUAUUAAAGGGUAUCGCUGUAUAAUAAUUAUGCCGCAAAGAAUGAGCCGUGAGAAAGAAGUGACGUUAAAAGCAUUGGGGGCCGAAAUUAUCAGAACUCCAAAUAAUGCACAUUAUAAUAGUCCAGAUUCUCAUGUUGGAAGGGCUUUUAAAAUGAGAAAAGAAAUUCCAAAUUCUAUUGUGUUGGAUCAGUACAAAAACUGUACAAAUCCAUUGGCUCAUUAUGAAAGUACAGCAGAAGAAAUUUUAGAUGCUUUGGAUGGGAAAGUAGAUAUGGUUGUUAUUGGUGUAGGUACUGGAGGUUCGAUAACAGGAAUAUCAAGAAAGAUGCGCAAACGUUGCCCUCAAUGCAUUAUUGUUGGUGUUGAUCCACAAGGAUCAGUAUUGUCUUCUGGGACUCAUGGAAAAGAAGAAAAUAGUCAUCAUGAAAGAUAUCAAGUAGAAGGGAUUGGUUACCAAUUUGUGCCUUCUGUUCUUGAUAUGAAUGAUGUUGAUCGAUGGGAGAAAACAGAAGACUCCGAAACAUUCCAAAUGGCCAGAGAAUUACACUUAAAAGAAGGAAUUUUGUGUGGAGGUUCUUCUGGUGCUAUACUUGUUGGUGCUCUACGUGCAGCUAAGCAAUUAAAGAAGGGGCAGAAUUGUGUUUUUCUUUUGCCGGAUGGGGCUAGAAAUUAUUUAAAUAAAUUUCUUAGUGAUGAAUGGAUGGUGAGGAAUUUUAAUUUUAAUUUGAAUUUUUGA